AUGGCCGCCUUCCUCCUCCCUCGCACCUCUACCGUUCUCGGUGUAGGCCUCGGCCUCUCCCUCUCUCUCUCCCUGUAUCCAGCGUCCCCCUUUCGCUCUGCUUCUUCUCCCAUUCAAUGCCAAUAUACAGCUCCGUAUUACAGACUGGAUACGCAGGUAUCACCCGAGACAGGCUGGACGGUGGACCGGAAUGACCCCAUGCUGCGCAAACAGGGACAAACUUCUCCUAAAUCCUCGAGAUGGUUGACCCCUAGACGAAUGAGACAGAUCAGUCUGGGUAGUGUACUUGGUCUGGUUGCCGGUGUGGGAUUGAGGGCGUUCUCGAGGACUCUGGCUGUUGUUUUGGGGAUGGGGGUAGUACUGGUUGAGUGGGCCGCAUCCAAGGGAUAUAAUCUUCUCCCGUUAAACUGGAUCCAGCAGUCCGUCUCGAGUGUCGAUGUGCAAAGGGCCGUGUUGGAUCAGAUGCCUCUUAAAGUCAGUUUUGGCGUGACUAUGGCUCUUGCGGCGUUUGCGCGGUUUCGUGAGUAA